GUCAAUAAAGAAAUAAAAAUUUAAUUAACAAAAAUGACUAUAUUAUAAAAACAUUACAACAUAAAAACUAACUAAAUAAAUAACAAUAACAUCUACUAAAUACUUUUUAAACAUAAACAUUAACAGCAAAUAACUACACUAUCUAGACAGAUACUAAUAAUAAACGCAACGCAACGAAAAUGUCGCAUUUUUCAACAAUAUUGGAAAAUUUACGCAUGGUGGCCAUAAAGCGGAGUCCCUUAACACAACAGAAACAAAAGCAACAACAACAACAACAGCAGCAGCAGCAACAGGCUGUUACCCCAACUUCACCACAACCACAACAACAUGUAAAUAAUUCCCCCCAAGUGGCAGCUACAACAAAUUCAUAUAAUGAUGAAGCAUCAACCCAUGAACCGGAUGUAAAAAUUAAUAAUGAUAAUAAACAAUUUAAAGUUUUUAUCAACAACAACCACCCACACCACAAUCACCGGAAGCACCAACACCACCAACAUGUACAAAAUCCUCGCACAAUCACAACAAUGAAGAUUAUUCAAUAGAUAAAAACUCUAGUGGAAAUACACCAUCUACAAACGCCCCGACAAGAAAAUCGCAUUAUUCCAGUAGUCAU